AUGCCACCUAUCCCCGUGGUAGAGCUGCCUUCAACCUUGGACGAUGUGAAUGCAGGUCUGGUAGAACUCAAUUCCCAGGUCCCAAUUCCCAGCCAACCAUUCAUCAUCACCCCACGAGAUCACUAUGGUCUCUAUCGCCGAUAUGUGCAUUCCCCACCAUCAUUCAGCCCUGAUAACCUUACAUCUGUGGCACAUUUUGCUGAUUCACCGACAUUCAUCAAGAGUCAAGACGAACUUAGGGCUCGACCUUGGUGGUCAGGAUUCGGCGGAUCCAUACAGUCUGCUCAGACCCAUUACUUCACUCCAUUCCUCAAUGCAACGACAUUUCGUCUUAUGCAUUGGUUUUACAGCGGCUCCGUUACAAAAUCUUUGCUUGAGUUGGAUCGCCUUGUACAGGAAGUCCUUCUGGCAGAGGACUUCGACCAAGCCCAUCUGAAAGAGUUUCGUGCCUUGAAGGAAAAUCAUCGCCUGGACAGCUAUCAGGACGCCUCUGAAGACAUUCAUUCAUCAUUUUCUGCUUCAGACGGCUGGAUGGAAACCAGUGUGAAGAUCCAUAUUCCAGCUGAUGGAGUCCAACAUGCAUCUGAGGACACAGCCCCAGAGUUCGAUAUUCCUGGCCUAUUCUAUUGA